AUGGCAAAAAUAAAAAACGCAUCAUGUCUUUCUGUAAAAAAAAAGUUGAUUAAUCCUCGUGAUCAGAGACUUAAUUUUGAUAAAAAAAAUGAAUUAAAAGAACUAGAUGAGAAAAUUCGUGAAAUACCUCAAGUUGCUUCUUCGUUGUUUUUUCAGUAUAAUAAAUCUUUGGGUCCUCCUUAUCAUGUUUUAAUUGAUACGAAUUUUAUCAAUUUUUGCAUUAGAAAUAAAAUAGAUGUUGUAAAAGGGAUGAUGGAGUGUUUAUAUGCAAAAUGUACUCCAUAUAUUACUGAUUGUGUUAUGGCUGAGCUUGAAAAAUUAGGUAAUAAAUUUAGAAUUGCACUAAAAAUUGCUCGUGAUCCAUGUUUUGAGAGAUUACCUUGUUCUCAUUCUGGAACUUAUGCUGAUGAUUGUAUAAUUUCUAGAAUAAUGCAAAAUAGAUGUUAUAUUGUUGCUACUAAUGAUAAAAACCUUAAAGUUCUUAUACGUAGAAUUCCUGGUGUACCAAUUAUGUAUGUUGGGAAUCAUAAAUUAAAGGUUGAAAGAUUAGUGGGCCUUAAUUAA